AUGGGGUCUACUACGCUGCCAUAUAUGAAGACCAACCCCAAGAUCAUCUUCUUUACAGACUUUGACGGGACGAUUACGCUUCAAGAUAGCAAUGACUACAUGACGGAUAACCUGGGCUAUGGCGUUGAGAAGCGUCGGGCGGGCAACCUGGCUGUGCUGGAAGGCCGAAUGAGCUUCCGCGAUUCUUUCAGUGACAUGCUGGCCAGUGUGAAAACGCCGUUCAAUGAGUGUAUUCGCAUCUUGCAGGAGAAGAUGAAGCUCGACCCGCACUUUGUCGAGUUCUACUACUGGGCCAAGGAAAACAACGUUCCCAUCGUGGUCCUUUCUUCGGGGAUGGUCCCGGUGAUUCAGUCCCUGUUCGAAACCUUGCUUGGUCACAAGAUCGAUAGCCACAUGUACAUUGUCGCCAACGAGGUGGAGAGUCGUGAUGGCAAAGACAUCAACACCGAGGGUGGUUGGCAGAUCAAGUUCCACGACGAAAGCCACUUUGGUCAUGACAAAUCCCGCGAGAUCAAGCCAUAUGCUGCCCUCCCGGAUAAUGAACGGCCGACGCUGCUGUACGCUGGCGAUGGCGUCUCAGACCUGUCUGCCGCGGCAGAGACUGAUCUCCUCUUUGCAAAGAAAGGCCAUGAUUUGGUCACAUACUGCGAACGCGAAGGGAUGCCAUUCACCCUUUUCGAAACAUGGGAAUCCAUCCUCGCCACAACCAAGGACAUCGAGAGCGGCAAAGUGUCGAUCAAGAAGGUCCGAACAGCCGUCCAGCUCGGGAUUAUCACGACUAUCGUACUCCUCCUCGUGCUGCUGUUGGAUAACCGGGUCAAGCUUCUGCCUGCCUCGAUUCAUGGCCACCUGCCGACACACUACCCCGGAUACGUUGUGACGGAUGUGACCAUCGCCUCCUGUUCGUCGAUCGGGCUGUUCUCCAAGUGUCGGCUCGACCCGGAGAGAUGGACGCGGAUCGAGAAGGACCUAUACCUACGCACGGGCUGGACAUCGAGCGCCUUCCUGCACGUCGAGCGAAAGAAGGAAGAAGAACUGCUACCGACGGACAAGGUCGUGGUGGAUCUGAAGAUUAGCCGGCUGGAGCCUACGCUGACUGACGAGACCAAAGCCGACACCGAGGUCUGGGAGCAGCGGCCGGGGGGCAUCUGGUUAAAGCGGACGGCGCAGCGCCAUGCGAGUGACUCGCAGUUGACCAUCACCGCGGUGGAUGUGCUUUUCGGCGCCGAUGCGGUGGAUCCACGUCUCAACUGGGAGGUCAAGGACCGGCCCCUGAUGCUUGAUAGCCGGACCGAGGAGCUCGAAACGCGCCUCACCAUUCGGCGGGGGACGCCGCCGAAGAACAAGUUGCCCGUGCCCCGGAUCAACGACAAUGGUCGCUUCAAGAUCAUGCAGCUGGCGGAUCUGCACCUGAGCACGGGGCUGGGCGCGUGUCGCGAUGCUGUCCCCGCAGAGCUCAAGCCCGGGCAGAAAUGCGACGCCGAUCCGCGGACGCUGGACUUUGUCGAAAGACUACUGGAUGAGGAGAAGCCCGACCUGGUCGUGCUGACGGGGGACCAGGUCAACGGCGAGACGGCCGCUGAUGCGCAGACUGCGCUGUUCAAAUCCGUCAAACUGCUGGUCGAUCGACAGAUCCCCUAUGCGGCCAUCUUCGGCAACCACGAUGACGAAGGCGACCUCAAACGGGCCCAACAGAUGGCCAUCCUAGAAGAACUACCCUACUCCCUUUCAGUCGCCGGUCCCGAGGAGGUCGACGGGGUCGGGAACUACAUUGUCGAAGUGCUGGGCCACGGCUCGACGACCCAUUCGGCUUUGACGCUCUACCUCCUCGACACACACUCGUACUCACCGGAUGAGCGCCAGUUCCGCGGCUACGACUGGCUCAAGCCCAGUCAGAUCGGGUGGUUCACCAGCACCGCAGAGGGCUUGAAGAAGAAGCACCGCGAAUACACACAUAUCCACAUGAACAUGGCCUUUAUCCAUAUCCCGCUGCCCGAGUACCGCGAAACCAACAACUACUAUCAAGGCAGCUGGACCGAGGCCCCCACGGCCCCGGGAUUCAACUCGGGUUUCAUGGAUGCCCUGGAAAAGGAAGACAUCCUCUUCGUGAGCUCUGGACACGACCACGUCAACGACUACUGCAUGCUCGACAAAGACGACAACGGCAAGCCCGCCCUAUGGAUGUGCUAUGGCGGCGGCGUCGGGUUCGGAGGCUACGGCGGCUACGGAGGCUACGUGCGCCGCGUGCGCUUCUUCGAUUUCGACAUGGGCCCCGGCCGUGUGGUGACCUACAAACGGCUCGAACACGGCGACACCGAGGCGCGUAUCGAUGAGAUGAUGAUCGUUGACGGCGGCGCGGUCAAAGCCCCGGUCGGCGUAGCCUAG